CAGUUUCUGGUUAAAUAUCAGUGCUUGACCUGAUAGGGAGCCCGUUUGAUCAAUACUGACCAAUUUUAAAGAAGCAUUAACUAUGGAUAACAUAAAGGACGGUUGGUUCACUGAGACAUGCACACUAUGGCCGGGACAAGCAAUGAGUCUCCAAGUGGAGGAGGUUCUGUAUCAUAAAAAAUCAAAAUUCCAGGAUGUUAUGGUCUUUAAAAGUAAGACGUAUGGCAAUGUCUUGAUUCUGGACGGAGUAAUCCAGUGCACUGAACGAGAUGAGUUUUCCUAUCAAGAAAUGAUUGCCAAUCUACCUCUGUGCUGCCAUCCAUGCCCCAAGAAGGUCCUGAUCAUUGGUGGAGGAGAUGGUGGAGUGCUCAGAGAAGUGGUGAAGCAUCCACUGGUGGAGUCUGUGGUUCAGUGUGAGAUUGAUGAGGAUGUAAUCAACGUCUCUAAGAAGUAUCUUCCUGGAAUGGCUAAAGGAUUCUUCAGUCCCAAACUCAGUUUGCAUGUGGGAGAUGGCUUUGAAUUCAUGAAACAGAAUCAGGAUGCCUUUGACAUCAUCAUAACAGACUCCUCAGAUCCAGUUGGACCUGCCGAAAGCUUGUUUAAAGAAUCGUAUUACAAACUCAUGAAGACGGCUUUGCGUGAGGGUGGGAUUCUGUGUUGCCAGGGAGAGUGCCAGUGGCUUCAUUUGGAGCUGAUUAAAGAAAUGAGAACUUUCUGUAAAACGCUCUUCCCUGUGGUAGACUACGCCUACUGCACCAUUCCAACAUACCCAAGUGGCCAAAUCGGUUUCAUGCUCUGCAGUAAAAAUCCUAAAAUAAAUUUCCGAGAGCCCGUGAGAGAACUGAAAAGAGAGGAGGUUGAGAGUAUGGAACUGAAAUACUACAACCCAGAAAUCCACAGAGCAGCAUUCAUCCUCCCAGAAUUUGCCAGAAAGGUACUAAAUGAGGCAUAGAUGGAGACCAUCCCUGCCCUGUUGUCCUUUGAGGCUUUUGGCGACAGUAAAACAAGACCCUCACCACAGCAACAGUACCUCUGAAAACAACAGUUCCCUCUCUCCCCGUCUCUGUCUCUCUCGCCCCCGACCCUCCUGAGGAGCGUCUGCUGAAAGUCUGCUAAACGAGGAGGGAAAAUACUCUCUGUCCUUUGCCGUCAGUAGUUAACCCCUCCAGUGCUUCCUUCCAGUCUUACCAAUUAUGUUUUUCUCUUUGUUUUUUUUGUUUUGUUUUGGUAAGGUCUCUGUGUUGCCUAGGUUCCACUCUCAAUUACAUGGAGAAACAACAACAACAAAAAAAAUCAGUGUUGAUAGAGUGGUUCCCAAUCACGAAGUUGUUUAAUUCUGAAUAUGGUGAUAUUGUUGUACUUGCUGUUCUAAGACAAGGUAAAUGUUUGCCUGUGCAACGGUCAUUAUUUGCUCUGUUGAUUGAAAUUUUAGUCUAAUUGUGUAUGAUAGACAAUGAAAUGACACAUUCCACCCUGAAGUGUUGUUUAUGGCUAACAGAGUAACCCCAUUUACAUAAUGAAAUAAGGAAAACAACUAAUAAACCUUGCUGACAAUUGAAAAAUAUGUCAGUUCAAAAGCAUUUUAUGGUACUUGUGUAUCCAAGUGUUUUCUCUGUGUGAUUGGAAAUCUGCAGAGAAAAAAACUCAGGUCAGCAGUAAAUAAUGUAUUAAAAUACUGAAGACAUGGCUGAUGCUAACAAGUGGCUAAUCAUUGGUUGUCGUUUUUUUUUUGUCAUUUAUAAACAAGUGGUAAAUUUAUGCCUUUUACUAGUUUUACUUGAUAUAGAUUUACUUUUUGCCUAAUCUUAAAUGCUCUGUAAACAAAUGUACCCAAUAAAACAUUAUUUCUUUUA